AUGGCUCCUUUCCUCUCUUUCGUCGUCGGUUCCCUCCUGGCUGUCCAGGCUCUGGCCAAGCCAUACGAGAAGCUGUUCUCAGUUCCCGAAGGAUGGAAACUCUUGGGCCCUGCCGAAGACGACCAGGUGCUCAAGCUGCAAAUCGCUCUCACGCAGGGUGAUGCUGCCGGCUUCGAGCAGGCGGUUCUGGACAUGUCCACGCCCAGCCACCCCUCGUACGGAAAGCAUUUCCAGGACCAUGAUGAGAUGAAGAGGAUGCUGCUCCCGAGCCAGGACUCGCUCUCAUCCGUCCAUGCCUGGCUCGAGGAUGCCGGCAUCGAGAGGAUCGAUGACGAUGCCGAUUGGAUGACUUUCAAGACCACUGUCGGCCAGGCCAACAAGAUGCUCGACACCAAGUUCUCAUGGUUCGUAAGCGAGGAGGCGAAGCCGCGCAAGGUUCUGCGCACGCUCGAGUACUCGGUCCCAGACUGGGUUGCCUCGCACAUCAACCUGGUCCAGCCCACGACUCGCUUCGCCGCCCUUCGCGCCAACCACGAGACGAGUCACGAGCUGGGCAUAGUCUCAAUCGCCGCCGCCACUGCCGACGUUGAUGAAGACUGCGAUGCUAUGAUCACCCCCGCCUGCCUGAAGCAGUUCUACGGGCUCGACUACGAGGCCGAUGCCAGCAGCGGUAGCAAGGUCGCCUUCGCCAGUUAUCUCGAAGAAUACGCCCGCUACGCCGAUUUCCAGACCUUUGAGGAGACCUAUCUGCCCGAGACUAUCGGCCAAAACUUCACCGUCAUCCAGUACAACGGUGGCGGCAACAACCAAACAUCCACUGAUGACAGCGGUGAGGCUAACCUGGACGCGCAAUACAUCCUAGGUACCGGCCACCCCCUUCCCAUCACCGAGUUCUCGACUGGUGGACGCGGACCGUGGGUAGCCGACCUCGACCAGCCCGACGAGGCCGACAGCGCCAACGAGCCAUACCUCGACUUCCUGAACAACGUGCUCAAGCUGCCGCAGAGCGAGCUGCCGCAGGUGAUCUCGACCUCGUACGGCGAGAACGAGCAGAGCGUGCCCAAGUCGUACGCGCUGUCCGUGUGCAACCUCUUCGCGCAGCUCGGGUCCCGCGGCGUGUCCGUCAUCUUCUCCUCGGGCGACUCCGGCGUCGGUUCGGCCUGCUUGUCCAACGACGGCAAAAACACGACCAAGUUCCAACCCCAAUACCCCGCCUCCUGCCCGUGGGUCACGUCCGUAGGGUCGACCCGGUACCUCAACGAGACCGCGACGUUCUUCUCGUCCGGCGGUUUCUCGGACUACUGGGCCCGUCCCGCCUACCAGGAAGCUGCCGCGACCGCGUACCUGGAGAAGCUGGGCGACAAGCAAGCGCCGUACUUCAACGCUUCAGGCCGUGGAUUUCCCGACAUCGCCACCCAAGGCUACGGAUUCCGCGUCUUUGACCAGGGCAGCCUGAAGAGCUACCAGGGGACCUCGUGCUCGGCGCCCACGUUCGCCGGCAUGGUCGGUCUGCUGAACGACGCCAGACUGAGGGCAAACAUGACGGUUGUCGGCUUCCUGAACCCGCUCCUGUACUCCAGCCCCAGCGCGCUGAACGACAUCACGCUCGGCGGCAGCACGGGCUGUGAUGGCCUGGCCCGGUUCCACGGCGACCCUAACGGCAGCCCUGUCAUCCCGUACGCGAGCUGGAAUGCUACGGCGGGAUGGGAUCCAGUCACCGGACUGGGCACGCCCAAUUUCCCCAAGCUGCUGACGGCUGCGGUGCCCUCCCGAUACCGACGAUCUCGGUACCGGGCUUGA